AUGAACAUAAUAUGUGACCUUGAAUCUACACUGAGUUCUAAUUCGAUAUAAGUGCUCUGUUAAACAAUAAAGCAUAGUCUCAUUACUUUCAAAACUUUUAAUUUUUGAUUUCUUAAUUGUGAUUAGCUUGUGACUAUACUGUUAUUUAUAUUUUAGGCUAAUGCGCCUAAAAUGAACUCUAGUGACUGCGGCAAUUUCGUUUUUCGGAGCUGGUUCGCAUGUUGGUUAAUGCUACUAAGAGCAUAACUGGUUUUCCCAAUUACAAUAAGACACUUCACACAUAGUCAUAUGGCAUCCGGGAAUUCUGUAAUCGUAUCAAGUCAAAUAAAUGUAUCAUCUACGUCAGUGUUGGCGACGGAAAGUUCAUGUCAAAACAGUAUCGCUAUAUCGGAUUCUCCUCGUCACCAUACGGUCCCACAUGGUGAAGCUCAUCCCCCUCCUACGCAACUCAUCAAGUUAAAUUCUCUUGCUGGCCCGACAGUCUCAAGAAAAGAAAAACUUCAUACAUCUUCUCGAUUCGGUGCUCCAAAGAGUCGUGAACUUAAUCCUUUACCUCUUAUUAAAGAUUCUGACAAUCAAGAAAAGCGAGAGGAGCUAUUUAUUCAAAAACUAAAACAAUGCUCAGUUGUGUUUGAAUUUGUACCGGAUAUUUUAAGCGAUUUAAAAGAUAAAGAGGUGAAACGAGCAGCUCUGCACGAAUUAACUGAAUAUCUGACUGAAAAUUCCGGCAUAAUUACAGAUUCAAUUUAUCCAGAAGUGGUUCGAAUGGUUGAAGUCAACCUAUUUCGUACAUUACCACCACCAAGUAAUCCAUCUGGUGCAGAAUUUGAUCCAGAAGAGGAUGAGCCAACAUUGGAGGCAGCUUGGCCUCAUUUACAAUUGGUAUAUGAAUUCCUACUUCGUUUCAUUGAAUCUCCGAAUUUCCAACCAAAUGUUGCUAAGCGUUAUUUCGAUACAAAAUUUGUAUUACAGCUAUUAGAAUUAUUCGACAGUGAAGAUCCUCGUGAACGUGAUCUUGUCAAAACUAUUUUACAUCGUGUAUAUGGCAAAUUUCUUGGAUUACGUGCAUUUAUCCGUAAACAAUUUGGUAACAUAUUUUAUAAGUUCAUUUACGAAACAGAAAUUCAUAAUGGAAUUGCUGAACUCUUAGAAAUUUUGGGCAGUAUCAUUAAUGGAUUUGCAUUACCAUUAAAAGAAGAACAUAAGAUAUUUUUAAUGCGUGUAUUACUUCCAUUGCAUAAAGUGAAAUCAGUUAGUAUAUAUCAUGCACAAUUAGCUUAUUGUGUUAUACAAUUUUUAGAAAAAGAUCCAACACUUACUCAACAGGUUGUUCUUAGUUUAUUAAAAUUUUGGCCAAAAACUCAUAGUCCUAAAGAAGUGAUGUUUUUAAAUGAAUUAGAAGAAAUUCUUGAUGUUGUUGAUCCAUCAGAAUUUCGAAAAAUUAUUCGACCACUUUUUACGCAAUUAGCUAAAUGUGUAUCAUCUCCUCAUUUUCAAGUUGCAGAACGUGCAUUAUACUUUUGGAGUAAUGAUUAUAUCCUUCAAUUAAUGCAUGAUCAUGUUGAAGAAAUUCUACCUAUAAUGUUUCCUGCUUUAUAUCGUACAAAAGAACAUUGGAAUAAAACAAUUCAUGGUCUUGUAUACAAUGCUCUUAAAUUAUUCAUGGAAAUGAAUCAAAAACUUUUUGAUAAUUGUACACAACGAUAUAAAGAAGAGAGACAAAAAAGUAGAGAAGAAGCUAAACGUCGGGAACGUGUAUGGGCUACAUUAAGUGAAACUGCCAAAGGCAAUCCAUUGUACGCUGUGGUUAUGAAAGAAGCAUCAGUUUCAAAUAGAGAAUUGCCAAAUUCAGUUGCUCCUAAUUCCAUUUCAUCACCAUCUCCCAUGGGUGACCAUUGUGUAAAUAAUGGGACUCCAUCUACAAGUAACACUGAAAAUGAUGACGGUCCUCUUGGUGCAGAUGAAGACGUUAGCGGUUCAUUGAUGAAUCUUCAACGUGAAGCGGAGGAUGAUACGGAACUUCGUGGUAUAAUCAAUGAACGACGUCGUGAUAAACUUCCUAUGAUUCAACGAAAAUCAGAGCUUCCUCAUAGUCAAACUACUAUACGUGCUCUUGAACAACAUCGUCGUCCAGAUGAAUAUUUAAAAACUCAACCUGACAGCUAAGGUUUACAAGAAUAACAAUGAUUUUUUUUCUAAAAAAAAUUAUUAUUAUUAUUGGCUAAGUAUCCCGGUCUCAGCAGUUUUUUUGGCACACACACACACACACUUGUGAAUGUAAAAAAAACAUAUAGUAUAGAGUAUAUGCUUCAGUUGUUUUCCCCCCUACAGAUAUAGCGAUCUGUUGAGAUGUCAGUUUCUCUGAAACUCUUCAGUGUUAACUUUACUUAGUUAAAUCAUCAGUUUAUCUUGUAUUUGUUUCGAAGAUGUUCAUUGUUAUUGUUGUUAUUGUUGUACAAUGAAUGUCUUUUUCAUUGUUUUUGUUUUUUACUAUGGCCUUUCAAUCUUCUUCUUCUUGUUCGUGUUGUUCUAAUCAUUCGACACAUUUGUAUUAUCUCUUACCCUUUUUCCACCUCUGUCUUUUUUGUCUAACACAAUCAUCAACAACAACAAAGAAAGAAGAAAAGUAAGAUUUCACUUUAAUUCAGUAUUCCAGUUUAUUGUUUUACACUUUUUUUGGUUGGUUUGUUUUAUUUGUUUCAUAAUUAAAAUCAAUUCAUUGUUUUGUUUAAGUAAGUACUAUAUUACUAAGUAGAAAUGAGUAAUAUUUUUAGCUUCCAAUAAUCUUGAAUAGAAAUUCAUGUUUGUUUUGUUUGUUCAUUACCGUUUCCCCCCCCCACACACACACACACUUUAUUAUUUGAUUUAACUUGAACUGAUCAAGAGUUCACGUAUACUUGUGCAAACAUUGAUAACCUAGUCAUAAGUAUCAAAGUAUCUACAUAUACAUGAUUUAUAUUAUUAUUAUUAUUAUGACUUUUAAUAGGAAUGUUGUUUCUCAGGUCUCUCACUCUCACUCUCUCAUUUCUCUUUAACGUGUAUCAUUGAUUGAUUGAUUGAUUAAAGAGAAUGGUAAUUAUUGUCUAUUCUGAAUCUAUGUGAUCUUGUCUAAUUUUUUUGUUUUUUUGUGAAUGAAGUUUCAAUUUGUCUAUUUAUUAUUCUUUAGUAUUAUUUGAUCAAUUUCUAUCUUUAAUUCACCAUGUUUACCAUUUUGUUAUUAGAUAAUAAAAAAAAAGUGGUAUAAAUAAAUAAAUAACAAUAGUCUAUAAGAAUAAAUGUGAUUGUUGAUUAUGUGUAUUCUAACCUCUUCUUCUUCUUCUUCUUCUAUAACAUUUUGCUACAGACCAACAUUCAUUGCAUAUAUUUGUGUAAUCAUUUGUAUUCGAAUAACUGAUAUACAAAUAUAUAUAUUUAUUUAUUUAUUUA